AUGUUUUGUAUUAGGUGUCGGAAACAGAGCAUGAAAGAUAAGAUUACUGGAUUUGAUCUUGCACAACGCCCGCACUGUGAGUUCGCGUCUUCUAGAGCCCGAUGGCAGGUUGGGCAGCUGGGCCGGCAUUCUGGACACUCCCAGCCUGGUGAGAGAAGCCUUCCACAUCCACAGACAGCUCGGGUGUCAGAAGGCGGUAUUGAGUCUGAGGAAAAUACACUCGACUCUGUCGUCUUUGUACUUGGUGCUCUAUUUCGACCUGUGGAUCGGCGGUGUAAUCCGAAUACUCGGGCAGAAGAACGAAACAAGGACACUACAACGUCUUUUAACGUCCGCAUCUUUGGCACCUUUGGCACCUUUGAUGAAAAGAAGGGAAACAAAAAUAAUAAGAGUCUAUGGACAAAGAAGUUAAAAGAUGUUAAAGAAGUCCGUGUUUUCUGUGCUAAAUUCUUUUGGUUCUAUUAUUUAGAAUACCUUUUAGUAGCCGAACAAUUUUAUAACAUUUAA